AACGCUUCGAAGUGCUUUCUCUUUCUCUCUCUCUCUCUCUCACGCACACACACACACACACACACAAACAGCACUUGUUUGGCCUGAUAAGCAGAAGGGGAGAGGUGGCCAAUGAAGAGGAGGGAGGGGAAAAAAGGCAAAGCUCGACCCAACCAAAACAGACAAGAAUAGUGAGCGAGCCCUCUGAACGUGUUCGAAGAGAGAGAAAGCGUCAGAUGGGUGUGUGAGUCCUCAAGUAGGUGGGCAGCCAAGAAAAAAAAAACACACACACACAGCAACACUUCACAAGUGAGCGGCAGGUUGCCAGAGAGAAGCCAACGUGGAUAAGAUCAUGUCUCUAAAUGGGAGAGUGGCUCUGGUGACCGGGGGAGCUCAAGGCAUAGGGAGAGCCGUAGUCCAGUCCCUCCUACAGAGCUCAGCUAAGGUGGCUGUGGUUGACCUGAACAAGACCCGCGGGGAAGAGUGCAAGAAACAGCUGGAUGCGGAAUUUGGAGAUGACAGAAGCACUUUUAUUCAGUGUGAUGUUUCCAAUGGAGACUCCCUUCGCGGUGCCUUCCAAAGUACAGUUGACCAGUUUGGUCGUCUAGACAUUGUCAUCAACAAUGCUGGAAUCAACAAUGAAAAGAACUGGGAGAAGACCAUACAAGUAAACCUGACGUCGGUCAUAAAUGGGACCUAUCUGGCUCUGGAACAUAUGAGUAAGGAGCAUGGCAAGGAAGGAGGCACAAUAAUCAAUGUAUCUUCUAUGGCAGCCUUCCUGCACUCUCCUCACCAGCCCGUCUACACGGCCACAAAACAUGGAGUCAUUGGUUUCACCAGAGUUAUGGCCGAUGCAUCUUCUCAGAGUGACUACGGCGUGCGUAUCAAUGUGCUGUGUCCCGCCUUUGUUGACACCCCUCUGCUCCACUCAGUAGAACAGGAGGAAAACAUGGGGAAAUUUGUCAAAUUCAAGGAUGAUUUCAGGCGCAGCAUGAACAAGUUUGGAGUUUUACAGCCAUCAAUGAUUGCAGAAGGCAUGAUGAGAUUGAUCACUGACACCAGUCUAAAUGGGGCAGUGAUGAAGAUAACAUGCUCCAAAGGAAUCCACUUCCACACGUAUGAACCCAUGUCUGCUUGAUCCUCGCCUAAUGGACCGCCCCUCACUGAAGAGAGGGGCGGUACACAGCGGUAACCUGAAAGACUGAAACAUAACAGUCUGGUGCAUCAGGACAUCACGCGGUGGCUGCGUGGCAGUCCUAUCAGAAUAGAAUCCACGAAUGUUUGGAAUCUACUGCACAAAGUGCCCUGAACAUUACUCAACUAUGUGAAUACAAUGAAACAAUGAAAUUGAUUCUGUCAAUUGCAUUAAUGCAAUAGCAGCUUUGCUGCGAUACAUACUGAAUUAACCAUGCAAGCUUCGGCAGAGCAAAACUGCAAUUCAAUGGACCCGGGCUGUUCGAAGGGGAUCGAGACCGAGCUGUCCAGUGAAAAUCCACAUUAAUUGAUGCCAAUUAUGCAUUGAAAAAAAGUGUACAUAUACAGUACAUAUAUAUUUUUUAAAAAUCCUCGUCUUACCCCCAAGUGGUGUCCAUCCCCCAUUUAGCUCGGGUCCUCUACCAGAGGCCAGGAAGCUUGAGGUUUCUGCGCAGUAUCCUUGCUGUUCCCAGCACUGUGCUUUUCUGGACUGAGAUGUCCGAUGUUGUUCCCGGGAUAUGUUGCAAGCACUCAUCUAGUUUGGGGGUCACUGCCCCGAGUGCUCCGACCACCACAGGCACGACUGUCACCUUUACCUUCUAGGCUCUCUCCAGCUCCUCUCUGAGCCCUUGGUAUUUCUCCAGUUUCUCGUGUUCCUUCUUUCUGAUGUUUCCAUCGCUUGGGACCGCUACAUCCACUACAACGACUUUCCUCUCACACACACACACACGCACACACACACACACACAUACCUACAUACAGAGAUUCAUGAGACAGACAGAACCACACGUGGGGCCUCUUUGGAAAGACAGAUAUCCUCAACCUUCGUGCCACCUUUCCUUCACCUUUGUUGGAUUACGUCAACAAGACAAGGGAGAGAUGAAAAAGUGCUUGCUUUUCAAAACUGGAAAGGACAGCACAGUUUCAAAUGAAUUUGACUCAAUGUUUCCACGACGCUUCUUUGCUUGCUUUACGUGCUCAAAUUAAAAUGAAAAAGAUGCUAAUUGCUGUUUUUUUUUUGUGAAGGAUCACUGAUGUUUUUCCACAGUUUUUACUCUUACCUAUUUUCGAAUAAAUUAUGGAAAAGUGCUUCCUGUUGUGUGGAACCACACCUUUCCUUUUACUUUGAAGGGAUAUUUCUUGGCCUCACAGAUAAGCCACUUCUGAGAAAAACAUUAGGUUUUAUUACCUUUUUAUGUGUGCUCUUUGUAACAUUAUUUUAUUUUUCAAAGGC